AAAGAUUACUGUUUUUUGUAGAUUGCUAUGGUAACUACUGGAACAUCACUUACUAAUGAUACAACUAUUGUUGCAUUACAAGCCCAACAAACAGAUCAGGAUAUUCAACAGUUACAAGAUGGAACAGUUUUAUCUCCUCAACCCCAGCAAAUAUUGGUUGUUACCGAUCCAUCACAAUUUGUUGCACUUCAACAGUUAGCUCAAUUUGAGCAUGCACUAAUUCCUCAAGAGUCACCUUCAUCCCCAGACGGCACACAAUCCGAAAAUGAUUUAAUGAGUAGGACAGAUGGAGAUGAGGAAAACGAGGCAAUUUCCGUCACAUCUCCAAUUACAGUAUCCUUAGCAACAGGAGAUCCACCACCUUUAAUAGCUUGCACUACAGAAGCUAAUGAUUUGUGAUUGCCUGUUUAUCUUAACUAAAAACUUAAAGGUGUAUUUACAAGAAUAGUUAGUUUGCUCUCUCUAUCUCUAUCUCUCACUGUGUAAACAAAUCUUCUCUUUUAGCAAAGAUUUUCAAUACCAAUUUGGCUUAUAUAAAUAUUAUAAACAUUAAAAACAUAAUUGUCAUUCUAAAAUACAUGCAAAACUCAAUAGAUUUGUAAAUAUAAAUUAACUUAGUCAUUUCCACAUUCUUUAAAUGUAAAAUAUUUAAAUGUCAGCAUUUAAUUUGGACUAAAACUUGUCCAUUUUUAUAACAAGACUUUCAGAAACUAAUAAAAGAAAAGGCAACUUGACAGUAUCUAAUUUAAAAAGUUUAAAAAGUGGAAAACGGAAUGGUAAUUUUGCAAAGCGAUUUACAUAAAUUUUUAAAUAUUUGUUAAUUAUUAGGUUGUAAAAAAAAUAAUUUUUAACAGUUAAUUAUUAUAAUAUGAUUUUAAUCAUUCCAAAAUAUAAAUUUUGGAAAAUAUUUCUUAUUAAUUUUUAAAAUAAUUAUGGAAUGUUAUCAGAAUUGUUAUUUUAGUUGUUUGAUUUAAUUAAUGUUUAUAAGUUAAUGCGGAAUUUUGAUAAAAUGGAGUGGCCGUAAACGAAAGAGAGGGAAAAACUGUUUGUUGUUUUGCAUAAUUAAAAAUGUGAUAACUCGUACAAAAAUGUAAUUCAGAAGACAUUUUAUAGGAAGAAUAUUUAUUUUGCAAUUAAAUAUGUUAUGUUUUUAAAUCUUGUAAAGCUUUUAUGUUCAGUUUUCUAAAUUUUAUUUUAAGCAAAUUAUUUUUAUGCAGAGUUAAAAGCAAUUGUCUUAACAAAGAAGUGAAAAAAUUUCUGCCAAAUUGCUAAAUAUGAAAAUAAAAAAAUUCAAGUUGCAAGUUUUAAAAUGUUUUUAUUAACAUUUAAUUUAAUUUUGAAGAAUCCGAAAAUACUUAGCUCCUUGCGGUAGCAUAAACAAAAUAUGAGUUUUGCAAUAGAAAAAAAUUGUAAUUAAUAUAAAAUACAGUAGUAAAUUUUCAGUAAUCUCAAUUAUAUUUAUGUUAAAAUUUAUUGAUAGAAUUUAUAAUU